AUGUCUAAUAUUAAUGAUAAAUUACCAGAUAUUCUUUCUGAUGCUGUUUUAAAGCAAUCUGUGGAAAUGCCAGAAGGUACUACUAAAGUCCAUGGUAUUGAUUAUAGUAAGAAGGAAGCUGUCGAUAUGAGAGCUUCUGACUUAAUUGCUAAUAUGAAAAAUAUGGGGUUUCAAGCUAGCGCUUUAGGUCAAGCUUGUGAUAUCAUUGACAAUAUGAGACAAUGGAGAGGGAAACACAUCGAUGAUUUAAGUGAGCAUGAUAAAAAGGGAUGUUUUGAUGAUAAGGGUUAUCAGAAGACUACAAUUUUCAUGGGUUAUACUUCAAAUUUAAUCAGUUCUGGUAUUCGUGAAUCUUUAUGUUAUUUGGCUAAAAAUAAAAUGAUUGAUGCCUUAGUAACUACUGCUGGUGGUAUUGAAGAAGAUAUUAUCAAAUGUUUAGCACCAACCUAUUUAGGUGAUUUCACCCUAAAGGGGUCUAAUUUGCGUGAUCAAGGUUUAAACCGUAUUGGUAACUUGUUAGUACCAAAUGACAAUUAUUGUAAGUUUGAAGAAUGGAUUGUCCCAAUUUUAGACAAAAUGUUGGAAGAACAAGAAGCCUAUGUUGCCAAGCAUGGUAAUAGCUGUAUGGAUGCAAAUCAAGACGUGGAAUCUCCAAUCUGGACACCAUCUAAAUUGAUCCAUCGUUUAGGUAAGGAAAUUAAUGAUGAAUCUUCCGUAAUUUAUUGGGCUUACAAGAAUAACAUUCCAGUCUUCUGUCCAGCAAUUACAGAUGGUUCCAUUGGUGAUAUGUUAUUCUUCCACACUUUCAAAUCUUCUCCACAACAAUUAAGAUUAGAUAUUGUGGCUGAUAUUCGUAAAGUGAACUCUAUGUCCAUGGAAGCCUCUAGAGCUGGUAUGAUCAUUUUAGGUGGUGGUUUGAUUAAGCAUCAUAUUGCUAAUGCAUGUUUGAUGAGAAACGGUGCUGAUUACGCUGUGUACAUUAAUACUGCCCAAGAAUUUGAUGGUUCUGAUGCUGGUGCAAGACCUGAUGAAGCUGUCUCUUGGGGUAAGAUCAAAGCUGAAGCUCAAUCCGUUAAGGUUUAUGCAGAUGUCACUUUAGUCUUACCUUUAAUUGUUGCUGCUACUUUUGCCAACGGUAAACCAUUGAAUAUAAAACAUGAUUAA